UCCCUCCCCUCUCACUUUUUCUCUAGCAAGGUCUCUUCCACUUGCACUCCUUGUUGGGUAGUCUUGUAGAGCUAGUACUAUACACCUCUUGUUUGGUAGCGGUCUCUAGCUGAAGUUGAUUGAAAUAUAAAUCAAGGAAUGACAUCUUUCUAUUUCUCUAUACUCACUUGUUUUGAUUCUUACUUAUAUGCUAUGACUCUAUGACUAUGAUAGAGUAGCUAAUACUAUUAUUACUAGCUAGUACCACAACUACAAUAUAUUCAGAAGUUUUCACUUAUCAUCGGCAACAAGCCAAAGAAACACACCUGUUAGGUCAUUUUCUAGCUUAGCUUAGCUAGAGAGGUCUCUUUAGGUCUCUAUAUUAUGGAACCUACAAUAAUGGAUCCUAAUGCGAUGAACAACAGCAACAAUUCAUCAUCUCAUAAUUUCCCUCAUCAUCAUCAGUUUCUUGAAGUUUCAUCAAUGGAAGUUCACAAAGUAGUCCCACCACCUCCAAGAAGCACAGCUCACAAACUCAAAAACAGACUCAAGGAAACUUUCUUUUCCGAUGACCCUUUCCACCAAUUCAAAGGCCAAUCUCCUAAAAGGAAAUGGAUUCUUGGGGCUCAAUAUUUCUUCCCUAUCCUCCAGUGGUGUCCUAACUAUACUUUCAAAUUCUUCAAAUCUGAUAUUGUUGCUGGUCUCACUAUUGCAAGUUUAGCCAUUCCUCAGGGUAUUAGUUAUGCUAAACUUGCAAAUCUACCACCAAUUCUUGGGCUCUAUUCAAGCUUUGUACCACCACUGAUAUAUGCAGUACUUGGAAGUUCAAGGGAUUUAGCAGUGGGGCCAGUAUCCAUAGCAUCAUUGAUAUUAGGAUCAAUGCUUAGAGAAAAAGUUUCACCAGCAAAAGAACCUCUCUUAUUUCUUCAACUUGCAUUCACUUCUACUUUGUUUGCUGGUCUUUUUCAAGCUUCACUUGGAAUAUUAAGGCUUGGAUUCAUAAUUGAUUUUCUAUCUAAAGCAACCUUGAUUGGAUUCAUGGCCGGUGCUGCAAUUAUAGUUUCUCUGCAACAACUCAAAGCCCUUCUUGGGAUUGUAAAUUUUACCAAACAAAUGGGUGUCAUUGCUGUUUUGAGCUCUGUUUUUCAACAUACUGACGAGUGGUCAUGGCAAACUAUACUCAUGGGGUUCUGCUUCCUUGUAUUCCUCCUUUUGGCACGACACGUUAGCAUGAAAAACCCAAAGUUCUUCUGGGUAUCAGCUGGAGCUCCACUUUUGUCUGUGAUACUUUCCACUCUUGCAGUCUUCGUAUUCAAAGCUCAAAAUCAUGGAGUCAGCAUUAUUGGGAAGCUAGAAAAGGGAUUGAACCCUCCAUCAUGGAAUAUGUUGCAUUUUGGUGGAGGCCAUUUAGGACUUGUUCUCAAGACUGGGCUCGUCACUGGAAUUAUUUCCCUCACCGAAGGUAUAGCCGUAGGCAGAACAUUUGCUGCACUGAAGGACUACCAAGUAGAUGGAAACAAAGAAAUGAUGGCUAUUGGUUUCAUGAACAUAGUAGGAUCUUGUACCUCCUGCUAUAUUACAACAGGUGCAUUCUCCCGGUCUGCAGUAAAUCAUAACGCUGGGGCAAAAACAGCUAUGUCUAAUAUCGUCAUGUCUGUAACGGUGAUGGUGACACUACUCUUCCUAAUGCCGUUAUUCCGAUACACACCGAAUGUUGUACUAGGGGCGAUCAUCGUCACCGCUGUGAUUGGUCUGAUCGAUAUCCCAGCUGCUUAUCUGAUUUGGAAGAUUGAUAAAUUUGACUUUGUAGUAUGUGUUUGUGCAUUCUUGGGUGUCAUCUUUAUAUCAGUCCAAGACGGUCUAGCUAUUGCGGUUGGAAUAUCGCUCUUUAAAAUCCUCAUGCAAGUUACAAGGCCAAAGACGAUGGUGCUGGGAAACAUUCCUGGGACUGACAUCUACCGCAAUCUUCACCAUUACAAGGACGCAAAAUCUGUCCCUGGCAUUCUUAUACUAAGCAUUGAAGCUCCAAUAAACUUUGCCAAUUCAACUUACCUUAACGAAAGGAUUACAAGAUGGAUACAAGAAUUUGAAACACAAGAUGGAGUUGGGAAACAUUCUGAUCUUCAACAUCUGGUUUUAGAUCUUUCGGCUGUGAGCUCUAUCGAUACAAGUGGUGUUGGACUCGUUAAGGAUCUGAAAAAGAAACUGGAGAAACGUGAUCUUGACCUUGUGUUGGUGAAUCCGGUUGGCGAGGUCAUGGAGAAACUACAGCAAGCAAAUAAGGCUGAUAACUUUCUAUCUGUCGAUUCCCUUUACUUAACUGUCGGAGAAGCUGUUUCCUCACUCUCUUCGAAAAUGAAAAUGCCAAUAUCAAGCCAAGUUUGAAGCUGGACUUUUGAAACUUCGUAUUGUUACAAUGCUGAUGAUGGAAAUCAUUCGUAAAGAUCUAAAAUGAGGACAAGUAUAUAGAUGCUCAUCGACAUUGUAAUGUAAUUUAAUUACUUUGUUGCCUCUACUUUUAAUUUGCAUAUAUCUAUAUUAUAAAAAGAAGUGGUUUGUAGCCUGAUAAAUUCGAUCAUCGAUUUCGUCAUCCCACGGCGUGGAUCGAUUCGUUAUAUGUUCUAUAUAGACGUCCAUCGGAUUGUUGGGUUUCCUGAUUUGA